GGCCAGCUACAGAAUUAUUUUACUGAAGGAGAAACCUAUGAUGUGAAUAACUUUGUUGUUAGGCGAUAUGCGGACAUGCAACAUGGUAGAUGUUUUAAGAAUGAUAUCUACAUCCAGUUAAACAAUUUGACUGAAGUUAUGGUUACUGGAGGUGUGGAUUACAUCCAGCAGCAUGUAUUCGAUUUUACUGAUUUGGAUUCUUUGUACACUGCUGCACAGGAACAGAAAUAUCUGAUUGAUGUUGUGGGGAUUUUGGAACAAGCUGGGCCACUCACUCACUUUAGAAACCGCCUCGGUCAAGAAGAGCAGUGUGUUGAGUUUAGAAUCACUGAUAUGUUCACAUCGGCCAGAGCAGUUUUCUACAAUGAAAUGGCAGAAGAGUUUCACCAACCUAUCCAACAAGCCAACCAACAUCCAAUAGUGGUUAUCAUCUCGAGCUGCAAACCUCAAAUGUUCUCAGAGGAGCCAAACGUAACAAACUUCCAAGCUACAAGAUUUUUCAUUAAUCCAAAUCAUGAGGCAGUUGAUGAUUUGAGGAACGCUUUAAGUGUGGCUAAUUGGCAAAACCACUAACGAGGUCCUGAGGUGAUCUGCUCUUUCCAAGGCCUGCUGUUUGAAGAGUUUCUCUUUCCGCUUAAGCAUUUUGUUGUUGUAUAAUCCAGAUUUAAAACUUCGUCAUUUCACUGCCUGCCUUUGCUUUCAUUUCAGUUUUUUAAAUAUAACCCGUGUGUAACCAAGUAUUAGUCUGGACAAAUGCUGUAAUGCGAACUGAAUUUCAUUUCGGUACAA